UGUAAACAUCCACUCCCACCAAAGGUUCACACCACUGGACAGUUACAACAUGGCUGAAACUCUGGAUCGAACCGGAUGGCGGGCAGGAAAGCCGAUUGAACUCGCGAUUCCGCUUCCAAAUGCACCGCAAACUAAAAUCUAUAUCCGUCUGACAAUCAGCGCGACCUCCAUACUCCUUCUGUUGACCACAGUUUUCGGAGGGGAGAAUGCCACCAAACCUGCUUUGGGGUCUUUUGUUUAUGCUUUACCAGAUCGGGUGAAUCCAGGCCAGACCUUGUGUACCCAACUCUACACUUACGAAUCCUCGAUCGAUUUCACAACCCGCCUAGCCAAGCUCCUAGCAAGGAAAAGCAAGAUACCCGUAUAUGUCGGCAAUUCAAUAGAGUUUUCAAGCGCAGGCAUGGGAGGGACCGUCGAGGAAGAGAUGGCCGGGUUUAAGGCUGUUGUGGAAGUGGUAAUGGCCGAGGUCGACCAUCUCAGUCAACCAAGCGAUGUCGAAAUCAAACAUGCUUCAUGAGAAUGCACAUUUUUCAAACACACUGGAAUCAAUAACCUGCAAACUACUCGUCUGGGAUGGAGGUCAUCUGUAACCGAACCCAUUUGUGGCUCUCAAGCGUGCCAUUGGGCAUAUAGGCCUAUGCUGUGGUCUGAGAAUGAAGCACUGUCGUCCAGUGUCUAUGAACGCCAUUUUACACGGCAUUUGCGCAACGUGCGGGAAGGCGUGCGUCAUGAACUUACCUGGUGUGAGGGGUUCGUGAGACACUGCGAAAGCCAAGAAAGUAUAUCGAAUCGUCUGCAGUUCGAUUCUCACAUGAUGCCCAGCUCACCCACCCCCUUGUUUAGAGGGCAGGAUAUGCAUGGAAACGGGUGUGCCUCUCUUCUGCUAAGAUUACUACCUGCUCUGCUGUAGUAAUACAGAUGAAAUACCAGAUUUGUGUAUCCCAAAUUUGUAUGACAGACGAAAGAACGACUCAUCAGUAGGCCAGGCCUCAACGAACAUACAGUUAAUGUCAGUGAUUGUGGUCACAUAUGUCAUAUGCCAAUUCAAAUUACAUAGGUAUUUGCAUUUGCAGCGUUCCUAUCCGAUACUAUUUAGUUCCCAUUAUUAUUAAUUGCCAGAAAAGCUAUGUAAAAAGAAGUCUUAAAAUCGCUAAAUUUGAUAGUUAUGUCGAGGAGGAGUAGCCCU